GCAAUCAGGUAUACGUUUGACCUUCGACCUCCGGAGAGCUGAAAGGUCAGCUUGCCUGUCCGCCAUUUUGAUUUGACGUCGCGACAUAUCACGGACAAAAUUCCGUUGUUUCUAGUUUGGCCAUUUUCAAGACGAUUCCACACAUUACCAACUAGAAUAGAAGGAAUGGACGAGAGAAGCGGUGAGGUCGCUAUGGACGAUCUGUCAACUGUUCACCCUGGGGACGAGACAAGCAGCAUCGAGAAGUUAGACACGGGAAGGCAGCUGAACAGGGAAGAGGACAUUCCAUGUGAGGAAACGUGCGGGGUAAAGUCUGACAACCCUGCACAAGUUAAAACAAAGCAAACGGACAGGCUUGUGGUGAAACGUACUGUCGAUAAACGCUUUGUGUGUACGGAGUGUGACUAUAGGACUGCCUCAAAGGCUAACCUAGUAAAGCACACAAGAACACAUACAGGCGAGAAACCUUAUAAAUGUGAACAGUGCGACUAUUCUGCUGCACAGAAAGGUACUUUAGACCUUCACCUUACUAAGCACACCGGAGAAAAGCCAUUUAUGUGUGGACAGUGUGGAUACAGGACAGCUAACAGGUCUUACUUAUCCGUUCAUAUGAGAUCACAUACAGGUGUGAAACCCUAUAAAUGCGACCUGUGUGAUUAUUCUGCUGCACAGAAAGGCCAUUUAGACGACCACAGGGCUAGACACACCGGAGAGAAACCCUAAAUGUGUGGAGAGUGCGGAUACAGAACUGAUCGCAAGUCUAACCUAUCCCGGCAUAUGAGAAAACAUACAGGCGAGAAGCCCUACAAGUGUGACCAGUGCGACUAUUCUUCUAUAGACAAAUGGCGUAUAAAGAAGCACCUGGACAAACACACUUCUUAGGGACACAGGUUGCAAGUUAAUGAUAGUAGAAUUAUUGCUUUUUUUCCAUUGCUUUUAUUCCAUCAGCAGUAAUCAAGUGUACAAAAUGCCGUACAUGUAUGACAAUAUCAUAGUGUCAUCAUUAAUACACUUUUUUUGUUAUGACCUAUGUAUUGACUGGAAUUACCGAAUCACAUAGUGCAUUGAAUAACUGUAUGAUAUUGUGUCUUUGGAGUAACAAAGGGUUAUCUUUAUAUCUAGACCAUGACAGAAAUAUUGCAUACUUUGCUAGAGUUGUGUACAGAUUUGAAUCAUCACCAAGUAAUAUAGAUUUCAUGCAUAUAUCCAUAUCUACAACAGAGGUUCGUUCCUUAAUUCUUUCCCAGUACCCUUGCAGCCGGUUACACUCAAUGAACAUGUGGAUGUAGUUUUCCUCCGUGUUACAUAUUUCGCAUGUGGAGCUGUAAAUAUUCCCAGUAGUGUCUAUUAUUUUCCAUCUAUGAAGUAAAAGUUUACGUUGUAGUAUCUUGCGGAGAUUUUGAAAUUAAGUUCUCU